CAAGUUAUCUUCACAAGCUUAAAAAAAUAUUUUAUUCAGAUGAAGGUGGCUGAUGAUAGCGAUGUUUUCUUUACAGAUGUACAGUGGUGGAAAAAAGUUUCCGACACCCCAUGCAUUUGUAAAAUAUUGGGUUAAGAAUCACUCUUAGGUCUUCAAGUGCAGUUUAAUAAUAAUAAUUAUUACUAUUAUUCAGAAACUACAGUAUGUGGUCUGCAGGCUUUGCUCAUUAAGGCUUCAGUAGUCAGUAUUGUUAGGGGCGUGCCUGCUGUUACGCUAUGAUGCACCACGCGGGAAUCCGCCGUCAAACAGAAACAGCGCAGAGUGAAAUUAUGGUGGUGUCAGGAGACAGCAUACAUCCGAAGGUUCGUGUGCGGUCAACUCCGCCAAGAGACAGACCUCAGGACGACGACAGCAGUGGAAGUGAGUUGGAGACCAAGAACACCCAGAAAAAAAGAAAGAGAGAAAAGGAAAAUGAUGAGAAGAAAAGUGAGAAAGAAGUUGAAUCAAGAGCAAAAAAAUCCCGAAUCAAUCAUUCAAGCUCAUCAUCAGAAUUGGAGGAGAAAGAGGACUGCAAAACGGGAAGUGAACAAAGUGAUGAUGAAGAGGAAAGUCAGUCUGGCGAUGCAGAGCAAGAGGUGGACAAGUCACAGCCAAAGACAAAUGGAAAACGUAAACGGCAGAUAAACAGUGACGACUCUUCAGAUGAAAAAGAUACUAAAUCAGGAAAAACAGGUGGUGACGGCCCGAAGGAAAUGACGAAAAAGAAAGAAAACACUAAAAAGAAUGGAAAGACAAAAAGCAGCAAGACAAGUGAAGGAAAGAAUACCCCACAGAGUGAUGAAGAGAAUGAGACUGACUCGGACAGCAAGUCAGAAAGAAGUGACAAAAUCGAUGAAAAGGAAAAAGCCUCAGCGGAAAAGAAGAACAAUGACACAGACUCCGAUUCAUCGUCCCGUCCUUCUUUGGAUGAUGAACGGGAGGAGGAGGAGAAGAAGAAGAGAAGAUGAAGAAGAAAAAAACUGUGAAUAAAGACAAGAACGCCAAAGAUCAAAAGAUGGACGACAGAGCAGUUGUCAGGCUCAAACGUUACAUUUCUCUCUGUGGUGUGUGGAGGAAUUACAAGAAGCUCCUUGAAGGCUGCCGCUCCGUUCGCUCAAUGGUGGCUGUUUUGAAGAAGGAGCUUGAAGAUCUU